AUGGUUCGGCCUUCAAUGGUUAUUGAUCCUCGUAAUGUAAAGCCAAGGGACAGCACUUGUCAGGAAAACUUCCAGCUUGAGGAAAGACCAGAGGUGUGGAUGAAGAAAUCCUGUGAGGGCAGCCAGCAAGUGGCUAACCUCCAGAAUAAGAUCAAGAAGGUCACUUCUGAAUUCGAAGGCAAAACUGGGCACCCUUCGAUUGACUUUCAAGCCCCAGAAAAAAUCAAGUACCCUGGCAGACGGAAGGGUAGUGCAUGUCCAAAGUACCUCCCCAAAGACUUUGGUCGGGCAAACUGGAGAAAGAUCAGUGUUUCGUCUGGUCAUGCUGGCCUUAAGGCAAUGGUUAGACUGAGAGCUAAAAUGAGGGAGGGAAAGUCUGCAGCCACACAAAAAACAAAACAAAAACAAACAAGAGCCUCUCGACCCAGCAAGAGCCUCUUGACCCUGGGAUGUCGUCUUACACGAAUACGCUUUUUAGUCGAUGCCACCAAAAAUAAAACAGCAAAAAUAAAACAAGAGCCUCUCGACCCAGUCGAUGCCCCCCAAAAAAAUGGGUUCAAAAGACCCGCCACCGCCCUAGAAGAUUACCAGUAUGAUAAUCGCACCUCUGUUGGCAAGAGGGUCAAAUUCCAGCCCGGUUUUCCUGUCUCUCAUGAGAUAGUCGAUGAUGUCAAGGGUGGGUUUAGCCCUACUGCUGAUGGGUGGUGUGGUUUUCGGGUCCUUGCCCACUUGAUCUACAAAGAUCAAAAUAAGUUUUCACUUGUAAAAAGGGAUAUGCUAGCCGCCCUGCCGAAAUACAAAACAUUGUACACAAAUACCUUUGGCACUGACACAAGCCAACUAGAAAAAAUCAUUCAACAUGGCUCUCAACUCGAUUAUAGCAACACCAGAAACACCAACACCAACUUCAUCCCAGUAUGUUCACAUGCCAGUAUGUUGUUUAACACACCCGACUGUGCUCAACUAGCUGUGGACACAUAUACACAACCAGUCUGCGUCUACUCAGACAACCUCAACACCCCCUCAACAACCUUUCUCCCAUUCGCCCUUCCCAACAACAAAACCAAACAACGACAACCUCUGAUUUUUAAUCAUGUUAACAGUAAUCACUGGACAACAGUUGACCUUUCCCAUAAUAUCUCUAGAAAAUGGCCAACCGUUCCUGAAUUAUUUUUUUUAGGUUGUGCCAGAAAUAAGAUUGAUGAUAACUUUGAUACUUACUGGAAUAAGUUCAAAGAAUUUAACAAGCAUGAUUGCCGAAAUGCCAUGCUCUCUCUCUCCAUUCUGAUCUAG